AUGAAUGCCUGCGCCUACUGCAAAAAUGGAAAGCGGAAAUGCGACAAAGCACGACCUUCGUGUUCCAACUGUAUACGCCUCCAUAGAACCUGUAUCUACACAGAAGAUGCGGUUCAGGUCAAUUUUCCCACUAGUCUAUCAGGACAACAAGACCCUGCUAGCAGAUCUGUUCCGAUAGCCGAAGACAUGCAUGCAUUUGAGCUCCCAGGAUCACGUUUUGCUCGCUCUAUCUCAACUCUUGGUCCAAUAAACCAGGUGCCGCUACGGCAGCCCAUGAUAGAUCUCACAGUGAUAGCCGAAGCACUUCAAAUAUUGGGAUCAUUGGAUAAGAUGAACGAAAUAGCGGCACAAUACUUCGUUGGCACGCACCAAAGGAUGUCCAUACUAUCCAAAUCUAGGUUCUACAGGAGCCUUCAAACCAUAAAUGCCGAACCAAAGGCUGACUUCUUAACGCUAUGCCUAUGCAUGUAUCUAAUUGAGCAAAUUCCUUUGCACCAACCAAUGAGCAUGCAGUCGACCCCAUAUGUUAUUAUUAAGAGCUUGCUUGGUAUGCUCGAAGCUACAGAACAAAUAUCACUCGAUAUCGUCCAAGCCAGAACACUUGUAACCUGUUAUGAAAUAGGUCAUGGCCUUCAUACAGCGGCCUGUAUCUCAGUUGCUGCGUGUGCAAAAACAGCUCGAGCUCUGGGUCUCCAUAAACAGAUGCGCCGCAACUCAAAUCACGGAAUCGACGGGCUCAUCGCAGAGGAGGAAAAGAGAACAUGGUGGGCGAUAAUGAACAUGGACAGAUUUGUUGGGCUGUGUAGUGGCGACUUUUUAUUUUCGACGGAGGAUCCUGAGGAAUUGGAUCCGCUUCCAGUUGAAGAUUUGCUAUGGUCGCAGGAUGGUGAUCCAGUAGACUUGACAGCCUCGAUCCUCGGUGCACCCACGCUUGCCACACCUCCAACACAGUCCGUGGGGCAGAUGGCUCGAGAGUGUCAGGUCUCUCACCUGGCCGGCCGGGUGAUCCGACACACCACCAAUCCCACAUCUGAUCCCAGCUUCAAUGCGGAGGAAGCGAUACAGCUUGAACGCACAUUACAGACUAUUCUGCUGUUGCUGAUUGAUGAGGAUCUGACCUUUGGAAGAUAUUGUGGAGCCCUUGGGAUCUGUGACAGAUGUAGCGCACUUUUCACACUUUACGAAUUUCUACUUAACCGCUGCGAUGAGCAUGGGCCAGAAAAAGUCAGAAUACUCGAGUCUAUGCAAGAAUUGUCAGAGAGAGCUGUCAUGUUUGCAGAAGCUGGCUACGCAGAUAAAGAAACAUUUUAUCUCGAGACGCUCUCACCUUUCCUCCCAUAUUGUCUCUAUCAAGCUGGAAUCGUGCAGUAUAGGCUGUGGAAACAAAAGGGUGACUUAAUUCAUAAAGCGCGACUUGAUGCUCUCUCAAAUCUUCUGAGAGGAAAUGGCAAGCGAUGGGCUGUUGCAGGUAAGCAUCUUAGUCUUCUUCAGGCAGAAAAUCCCUAUUGA